UGUGGACCAACACCAUUGCUGGCCAGAUCGGACGCGCAGUCGCCCGAAUAUCUGCCGUGGGUUCGCAGCAAAGCUCGCUGUGAUUGGUGGGCCAGCUCCUCUCUCUGGUGGCUGCAGCCUAUCGGGCCCGCAGAGGAGCUGCUGGUGUGGUACACACUGGAAGACAAACCCGGAGAUAACAGCUGCACUGGAGGAAGAAAGAGCCAGCGGUCUGAGCAGGGGAAACUCUCCGGGCCGAAGCGAGCAAAGCAAAAGGUGGAAGGAGCCCAGAUUGCGGGCUUUGGUGAUUUCCGUUAAGCACGGGCCAACACACCUACUGACAAAGAGAUGUGGGAUGGGGAAGAAGGUCUAACGGAGAAAGAUGAGAAGCCUUCUACUGAAGGGCCCUCAGCAGAACUCCAAGGAACCCAUCCCAUGCCAGUCAAUGACCCUGGAGAAAUGGACCUGGUUGCAGUGGCAGACAAGGAUAAAGAGGAGGAAGAUGAACAAGGUGGUGCAAAUGAGGCUGAGCACGAAACUCCUGACCAGCCUGGCUUAGAUGAUGCUUCCACACCACCCACGCAACCUGCUCCGGUUUUGAACUGCAGCCAAAAGACGACAGACAGUUUGCCAGCACAAUUAGGGUCUUCCUCUCCUGUUGAACAGGAACCAGACGGUGACCCCGAUUUUGACAUCGAUCCCGACCCGGAUGGUGAGCUUGAAGAGGACGCUCAGUCAGAGUCUCACCCCUGUCUGCACUGUGAACGCCGCUUUUCCACCAGGCAGGGUCUGGAGCGCCACGUACACAUUCACGCCGUCACAAACCAGCAGACACAAGUUUUUAAGUGCCGCUACUGCAGCAAACCGUUCGGCUCACAGGUUGGGCGACGGCGACACGAGAGAAGACAUGAGAGUGGCUCCAAGAAAAAGCCUGGCUCACUGGCUGGAACCGCAAACCUGAUCAGUCACAUGGGGCAAACAGAUGUCUCAAGUCCUGACAGCACUGGCCAAACAAAUCACUUUAUAGCCAUUGGGUCGCAGUUUGCAAGAGCCCCUCUGCACAAUUCUGACGUACAGAGAGCAGAAGCUAGCCCACAGUUUGACCGGCCCUACGUGUUGGACGAGAAUGGGGAGUCUAAAGAACUUCAUCCUUGCAAAUACUGCAAUAAAGCAUUUGGGACACACACAAACAUGCGCAGACACCAGCGCAGAAUCCACGAACGGCAUUUGUUACCAAAGGGAGUUCGCAGGAAAGGCAUGCUGCUACAAGAGACGACACAGCAGCAGCAGCCAGAUGAAUCACCCAGCGCCAGCCCUCCUCCCGUAUAUGUCCCCAGUGCAGACACUGAAGAUGAGGCGGACAGGGAUGACUACGUUGUAGACAUAUCCAAAAACAUAUCUGAGAAUUUGAGCUUUUACAUCGACGGCAAGAUUGUGUCCACCAGCACGGUGAGCACCUGUGAGGUGAUCGAGGUCGAUUCCAGGUCUGCAGCAUUGUUCGGCCUUGACACAGUCAUUAUCAACCCCAGUCAGUUCAGCCAGGCUGUCAAGAUGGAGGGCAGAACCAGUGCAGCCAAGUCCAUCUCCGGCCUUCAGCAAUCAUCGUCCAAAAGAAGGACCUCGACGCCGCCCCUUGUUCCAAACCUGAAGGUAGAGACAGACACUCAGUCAUUUACAGCCACCUCGUCGUCCACGUCUUCCUCGACUAACCUGCUCGUCGGAGGCCUUUUCCAACAGGAAACGGAUCCAUCUCACUUGCAAAGAGAAAAAAACGUGUAUCUCUCACCAAAGCUGAAACAACUCCUUCAGACUAAAGAUAGCCAGAAGACAACUAUUACACUGUUACCUGAAAGCAACAGCAUGGCCUCCCCUGCAUCUGUCGCAUCCCUGCCAGGUUCCUCAGGCAGGUUUAAGAGAAGAACAUCUUCUCCUCCAUCGUCUCCACAGCACAGCCCUGCAAGUAAAACGGAGAGCUUCCAGGCUGACGCCAGAGGCUUGUACACACUGAAGGUGCCAAAGCUCGAAACAAAUUUUUCAGGAAGUUUUCAGGACCAAGAGGAGAGCAUUGCCCUGAUCCCCCCUGGAGAAAGCCAUCAACUCUGUCCAAAUAGUGGGGGCAAGGCGUGCAACCAACAGCCCUUAGACCUGUCGAACACUGUCAGUCGGUGGAAUGACGCUCAGAUCAAUUUUAUUCAAGGCGAUUCUGCUCUUGAUUUAAGCUUUCAUCGGAAGAACAUUCUUGACUCUGAGGCUAAAGCUCCUCAACCUCUGGCCAAAAAGAAAAAGCCCAUCACGAGCAUGUUAGAGAAGGUGCUGAUGAAUGAGUAUGCGGGUUUGUCCAUGGCCGGAGAUGAAGGCGUAGCUGCCAUGGUGAAUACCAGCUCCAAUAAUUCCUGCUCUUCAAAUGUAACUUUGGAUUCUGCCCACCCUUCUCCGCCCUCUUUGACCCCCGUCACCUUGAACCCAUCGUCACCUGCUAACUCAAUUGUAACUUCGCCAACGCCUCCUCCACCGGUCCUCCCCACCAUUCCCUCUCCCCUGCCAAAUCCUGACUCCCCCUCAUCCCAGCCAUCCGAGUCAUCUGGCCUGAGACCGUUUCCCAUCCUGUCACCAGAAAUGUCUCCAAGAAAAGAGCCCGAGGAGGAUAUAUCAGCUGAGGAAAAUAGAGACAAGGAAGACGGCAACAUCUCAGAACCCAGAGACUCGAAUCCAAACACUCCAGUAGAAGAGUUGGACGAUUUCGCAACAUCAGGCUCUCCAGAGCACAAACCGGUCGAUGUUCCUGCUACUGAAGAUGUGUCUUUGACAACAUCUCACAGCCUACAGAAUGGAGACACACACUUGGAAGCACCUGAUGCUGCUGUCUCUGCCCAGACAGAGUCACCCCCUGCCUCAAUCUCUCCAGCGCCAUCUCCUGCAUUGGAUAAUCCCUCACCGCCUCCCUCCCCUCCGCGUAUAAAAGUUAAAGAAGAACAGAUAGUAGAUGAGGUUUCGGUCACAAGUCACGAACCCCUAGAUGUUAAUUCUUCACCUCAGUCUCCUGUUCCCACAAAAUUGCCAAAUAAAGCAUGUGACGGAGGUGAAAUAGACUUUCCAUACUGCAAGAAUUUUGUGUGCAACGUCUGCGAAGCCCCAUUUCACUCCAUGAAAGAGCUCGGCGUGCACAUAGCAGAGCAUGCUGCCGAAUGGCCCUUUAAGUGUGAGUUCUGUGUACAGCUUUUUGGCGACGCCCCAGCUUUGCUUUCUCACAGGACGACACUACACGGAGUGGGCAAGAUCUUCGUAUGCUCCGUCUGCUGCAAGGAAUUUGCUUUCCUCUCUAACCUCCAGCAGCACCAGAAGGAUCUGCAUCCGAACGAAACGUGCUUACAUACCACUGUUGAAAGUGGAAAACUCAGGCCACAAAACUACACGGAUCCUUCUAAAGCCAAAGAGGAAAGCAGUCCGUCAACACCAGCACCAGAGGCAGCAGAGGAAGCCUCUCCUCAGCAGGACCUGGAGACAUUAGAAGAUGAGCCUGAUGUUAAUGGUAAUCAUGCGGAGGAGGAGCAGCAGCAGGAGCAGGAGGAGGAGGAAGCAGACGACCCCACGGAGGAGCUCUACACUACAAUCAAGAUCAUGGCAUCAGAGGGAGGCAAGCCCAAGGGCCCGGAUGUGCGGCUGGGCAUAAACCAACACUACCCCAGCUACAAACCCCCUCCCUUCCCCUAUCACAGCCGCUCUCACACCGGCUCCGUGGCCUCAGCCACCAACUUCACUACCCACAAUAUACCACAAACCUUCACCACUGCCAUUCGCUGCACCAAGUGUGGGAACAGCUUCGACAACAUGCCCGAACUGCACAAACACAUCUUGGCCUGUGCAAAUGCCAGCGAUAAGAAACGCUACACUCCCAAGAAAAACCCCAUCCCCCUGAAGCAAAUAGUGAAGAGUCCGAAUGGAGUGGUGUCACCCUCAGCUGCUGCUGGCCAAAAUGCUUUCCGGAGAAUGGGACAGCCAAAGAGGCUUAAUUUUGGUCAAGAUGCUGGGAAGACUAAGUUGAGUGCCCUCAGUAAGAAGAAAAACCAGCUGGUGCAGAAGGCCAUUUCCCAGAAAAACAAAGCUGCCAACACAGCGAAAAAGGCCGUUAAAGUCGAAGAACCAAAAAACGUUUGUCCACACUGCAACAGGGAAUUUACCUACACUGCGAGCCUUACAAAACACAUAUCCAUCAGCUGCCCCAUGAAGCCCGUGGUGAAAAAGGACAAGAAGGUAUCAGCAGAGGUGAAGAAAGAGCCUGUGGCAGAUAAAAGCAUGACACUAAGGAAGAAAGCUACUGACCCUGAGCAGAUGGAGCCAGAUUCCAAGCCCCUAGGAAAGACAAGGGCCCGCAGCUCUGGUGCGGUCGAGCCCGACCCGUCCCAAACCACCAAAGGAAAAAACGCUCGUGCAGCGGCUCCCCAGAAGAGACCCGCCUCGUCCCCUCAGCCAGAUCCCACAAGUAAAAAGCAGAAGAAGGUUCAAGCUCAAUCUCUACCUCCGACUCCGUCUGUCCCAGACACUCCUGAUGACGCGGCGCCUCGGCCGGCGAGUAGAAUGCAGCGCAUGGGGAAAGUGGCUGCGCCCAAGAAAGUGGCAGAGGUCAAACCGCCAUCGCAGCAGCCCAAGAAAGAGGAGCGCUUCUCCCUCCGGACGAGGGAGAGAGCGCGCGGGCCCGUCACGAGAAGCCUGCAAACAACAGGUGCAUCUGAGGACGGAGGUGAGGAGUCAGCGAUUCCAGAGCCUAAAGCCACUCAGGAGGUGAAAUGAACCACGCGGACCCAUUUGAACGCUGACUCAGCGCCGCAAUCUCUCUGGCCACUCUGACGUAAUUAAUGACUGCGCUGCAGACUCACCUGCGUUUGUGCUGGUGGGCUCACUCACUCACAUGCUCGCUCACUCGCCCCAAGUGAUGUCAGCUUGUCCUAAACUGCCUUGCUGGAUUUUACAACUUCUCCUCCAAAAACUGAUUCUUUUUUUCCUUCCAGCCUCGCAAAAAAAUCUGUACAUGGUAAUGAGUUAAUAUAUACAAUGUGUCAUUACUUGACCCAAAACAGUAAAACUAGGGCUCCGUUAUUUUUGGGAAGCUGGUAUAUUGCAAAUGGCAAUCAUAUAUCAGUUCGGGUUUAGACUAAUUCCUGAAUUCUUCUUGUUUCAUUUUGGUUUGUUUCGAUUUUUUUGGACGGUCUCCAUGCAUGUGCUGUAUAAAGUAUAAUCCAGAUGAAGCCAAUUCUCUCGUCUCUCCCCACUGGCUCCCACUUUCGUUUAUACCUUGAUUUUUUUUUUUUUUU